AUGGAAAUUAUUUCAUCAAAACGAUUCAUUUUGUUGAUUUUAGCCAUUUCAGGUUUGUUGACCUCAAAUAUCUUUUGCACAGAUGAACUCAGAGAAAACUACAGCAAAUAUUCUGGGCCUAGGGAAUGCCUGAGAGGGGUAAAGGAAAGAAACCUCCAUCUGGAAGAGCUAAAAGAUCGGGGGCCAAAAGAUGCCAUCAAGAUGAACAGUCCCACAGUCAACAAAAUGCCACAUGGAGCAGCCAACUUGCCUUUGAGAUUCGGAAGAACCAUGGACCAAAAAAGGCGGCCUGGGUCAGUGGCCAGCCUGCCUCUGAGAUUUGGGAGAAACAUGGAGGCGAGCAGCUGGAGACGAGUCCCCAACCUGCCCCAGAGGUUUGGGAGAAUGACUGCAGCUGGAAGCGGCCCCCAGAGGGGUCUGCUACAACAGUCCAGGCAGUCCCCAUCUGCCCAGGAGGUGCUUCACUUCGUGACCAGCCAGCCACAAGAGACCCAGGAACCCCACACACCCAAGGUACAAAUAGCUAAACACCAGGCAGGGUACACGGGCAAUUCUAGAGAACUCUGCCAGAAAAUGGACUACAUUUUUUUAGAAAGAGAAAAACAAAGACACAGGGAAAUAAAAGCUUGUUGA